CGAAAAAAAAAAUACAUUUUUGACUCUGCGAGAUAGACAUCCACCAAGGUUGGUAAAAAUAUGGCGUGAUUUUGACCAUUUUUGAAAGCAUUUCUGGCCUUAAGACUUUCUCGGUAGAAAAACAAUAACCUCUUUUAUGUACUACAUUCGAUAGAUCUUGUGAAAACCAGCGCGAAGUUGAAUUAUCGUCGGAAUUUAUCAUGGACUGCAGCGAUUUGGAGGUUGGUUGGUCGAGUUGUCAUAUUAAAAUAUGUGAUGUAAACCUGUAUUUUGGCGCGUUUAAUUCGAACAAGGAAUUAACCAAACGUUUAUUUGGUGUUUUUAAAUAGUGUCCUUUGUGUAUGGAGCCUUUGGAGAUAGACGACGUUAAUUUUUAUCCAUGUACGUGUGGUUAUCAGGUAAGUCGAAAUUUGUAUUUUGUAUAGCUAUUUGUAUCAAGUAUAAAUAGUCUAAAUAAUCUUCCGAUUUGAAUAUUUUUAGUCGGAUAUAGGAAGUCUCGGCAUUGUUUUGUUAUUUUUUAAAGUUAUUUUAAAUGUUUGUUGUCCUGUUAAAGCGUUUUGAAGAGUAAAUGGUAUUUUAUGGUUGAUAUUAAAACAUGGUAGUUGUAUUUAUAUAAAAUUUGGACGUGUAUAAAAUUAUGACGCAAUGUCAAAAAUGUAUUUAUUUUAUAGUAUUGUCGAAAAUCUGUUAGGAUAUUACCAACAACAUGCCAAAAUAGUUCACAUAUUUUGCUAAAAUAUAACUUUGGUUGUUAUUCAUGUGCCGAACCUAAUCAAAUUAAGUACAGGAUGUCAGACUUGUACUGCCAAAAUAUGAGUUACACUAUACAUCAGAAAUUUCAAUGCUAAAUUGCUGACAUAUCAUAAUCAUACAGUAUGAUUAUGUAUGUAAAAGAAAAGUUACGCAUUAGGUUCUGUGCAUGAAAAGCACAGCGUCUAAACCCAUGUUGAACCUGUGUUGCAUAAUACGACAUGACUUGCCUAAAGUUUUUCAUGUCGAACCUAGUCAAAACUUGUCAAACUUAGUUGAUAUAGAUGCCGCUUAAUCCUGUCGUACUUUAUCAGCAUAUUAGGUUCGCCACAUGAGAAGCUCACCCUAUAAGCAGGGCCUUAGGGUACAUUGCAACGUAAUGGUUAACUAGGCACACAGCAGAUAAUUUGAUUAACCCAUAGAUUGAGCACCAGCAUUCUUCCUUGACGAGCAAAGUCGUAGUUUUGCGUUAGAGUGAAGUGGGGCACAUCGGACACAAUGCAACUUAAUGGAUUAUUUGGUUGUUUUCAUGCAGAUAUGUAGAUUUUGUUGGCACAGAAUAAGGACAGAUGAGAAUGGACUUUGUCCAGCUUGUAGAAAGGUAAUACAAAAAGAAAUCAAAGUACUCUGUACUUAUACCCCAACAGAGGAAGUUUCUGCCAUCCAGAGGCAGAGAAGAUCUGGCAUGAUUUGUUAGAGGGGGUGGGGGUUUUCCAGAAGGAGUGCUAGUUACUACAGUCAUCUGGGGGCAUUUCCCCCCAGAAAAUGUUUGAAAGCCUGAAAUGCCAUUUCCUGCAUUCUAAGCACUACGUUUAUUUGUUAAAUUUGCCCUCACAGUGCUUGUAUUUCAUGCAAAAUUUAGAAAGUGCUAUGUUAUAUGGUGACCCACCGUAUUGGUGCUUGAAUAUUUUUUCACAUAUUUUUUCAUUUGAAAAUUAUCAAUCGUUUAGGGUGAGGCGAAAAAAAAAGAUGUUUUUGAAAACCAAAAUACUCGUAACUUGAUGUUACUUUUGGAGAAUAACCCAGAAAAGAACAAAAAAAACUGGAAAAAAUGAAGGGGAAACGAAGAAAAAUCAGUAUUUUACUAAAAUCUAACCAUACUUAUAUGAUUUUGUUGCAAAUGAAUUAAGUUUUGGCAUUUACACACGAAAAACUAAAGAGAUUUUGUUUGUAAUUUGAUAUAAACGUCUUCAAAAUAUCAGUUUAAUAUCAUUCUACAGUUUUGUGCGAGCUUGAAGUCUUGAACAGAUAAGCGAUUAAGCAGAUCAAACGAUGGUGAAUUUUGAUUUGCUAGUAACUAAGGCGGACGUCUGCGAAGACAGGUCUAGGACCAGUUUCGAUUUUCGAACAUAUUUUUUUAAAAAGUGUUUUUGUAGAAACCACCUCAUGCUACAAUCAUUUCAAUAUGAUUAGUAGUAUUCACAACUCAAAUAUGGUUUGCCAGAGUUUUCUUCAAGGGGGUCAGGUGCUACAACAGCUAGACAUCUAGUGUAUUAGGACAUACAAAGGGGGUAGAGGGAGGUUAGCUUCAUAACCUGGAAUGACCCAUUUUACGUGGAGCCAAAUUUACAAAAUUAAAUACAAUCUUAUAAUGAAAUUUGUAAUUUUAGCUUUAUACAGAAGACCCAGCGUCAUACAAACCACCUUCGCAAGAUGAGUAAGUAGCAAAAAUAUCAGCAUGUCUUGCCUGGAACAGUGCUCACUCAAAAUAUGUGAUGCAAAAUGUCCUUUGCAUGCACAUAUAUUUGGGCGUGCAUCUUUUUCUUCAAAUCAAGAAAAAUACAUGCUUCUUGAAAGUAUAUCACCUUGCCAAAGAGCCCUGGGUUUCAUGAUUGAGAGUUUGAGCUUUUAACUAAUGUUCCAUGCACGGCAAACUUAUACCCAUAGUUUGUGGCUGUAAAGUAUGCCUGUUUUGGCGUACCUGUCCUUACAGCCAGGUUAAACUGCAACAUUUGGCUAUCGGUACAUAUACAUGCAGUACGCUGUAGUUUCAUGAGCAGUAGCCUACCUCAGCUAUAUCCUAAUACGUAUGUAAGUUCAACCAUUGUUUAAAAAUAAAAAAAACUAUCAAUGCCAUGAAGAAGAAAUGUUUAUUGGAAAUUUCUCUUCUCAUUGUAAUCUGUGUUUAUCCCAUUGAUGCCUUCUUAAUAACAGCUAUCCCUUUGACAAGAACCUUACUGCAACUAAGAUUAGAGCUUGGUCUGCUAAUUGUCCAAGAAAAAACUGUACAAAAAAACCCCCAAUAAUUCUGAUACUCUCAUAAUUGCAUAAAUUAUUUCCUUUGACUUGGUAAAAAUAUUUCUACAUUCAGGGCAGCCACUUACUUUCUUAAAAGGACUAUGAAAGCCUUGUUACAUGCAGGAAUUGCAUCAGCGCUCUCCCCUUGACAACUAAAAUUGCCUGGCAUUAUAAUUAGUGAAAUAAUAGAGCAGGGCAUAUUAGGGCACUUAAUGUAAAGUAACAUGUUUCUGUAACAGCUAAUUUCUUUCUAGAAUUUAUUUUAUGAGAGUCGUGGCUGCAAUAUUUCAUAGAAUUUGUGAUCAUCAGUAAUUUUUGAAAUAAUUCUUUAUUGCAGAAUUCAAAGAAUUUUAAAAGCAAGAAAACAGAAAGAAUGUCAGAAAAAACAGAAACCUUUUGAAAAUAGAAGUCACUUGGCAAAUGUUAGGUAAAUUUGCUCAGGAAAUACCAAACUAUAACUUUUUGUAACAGAUCUGUACAAGAAGCAUUCAUACUCAAGAAUGCCACUAUAUUUAUGAACAGCAAAGCGAAACUAAAAGUUUGAGAUAGCAGGGGUUUGAGCUAACCAAAUAAUUAUCAAGUUCCUAGUGUUGUGCGCCCCACAUGUACUGUUUAGGCCACAUAAAAUAAAUUCCUUGAUUCUCAUCACCGCCCGACUGUAUUUUAAGAGCCGCAUGAAAUUUUUUAAUAUUUUGUUAUACAAUAUAAAUGAACCGCCUGACAAAAUAUUUCAAGACAGUAUGGUUUUUUAUAUUUAAAAUUGGGUUUUUAGUGCCAUUUUAAACUGCCAAUUUCAAACAAAUAGAAACUUGAAAGAAAUUUCAUUGCAUUUUAACGGAACUUCGCAUUCAGUUGAAGGGUUCAGUCAUUGUUCGUGGAGAAAUAUGUUCAUUUCAGUUUGUGACACUUCACUUUGGAAAUCACAGAAAUAUUGAAUGUUAAGAAUUAUUUUUUUAUUUAUUGAUGAUAAAUUAUAUAAAUAUAAAAUAUAAACCUCCCGGCUCUUCGACAUUUUCAAGGUGUAGUGAUGAGAAUCAAGGAAUUUAUUUUAUGUGGCCUUAUAUGCAUCUUUAGAACUUGGCAAUAAGUCUCAUAUUUGUAGUGUAUAAGAAUAUGCAUGUUUAUAUUGUGUAUAAAAAAGUGCAACAUAGAUAAUUGAAAUCACUGUUUUCCCGUUAAUCCCAGCAACAUUGCUGAUGGGAUUUUUAAAAGUUUAAAUUAAGUCUUUAUUAUUAUUAAGCCAGAACAGUAAUCAAAGCAGUUUGACCAGAUUUGGUAAAAGUUUUAUUUUUGGUGAAACUUCAUGUAUUUUCAAGAAAAUUCGGUAAUGAGGUUUUUUUGGUAAAUUAAAAAUCUUAAAGGUUUUAAUAGUUAUUAAUAAUCAUUUUGGUAGAAAAUUGUGUUUCUUGUUUAUUAAUUAACAUGCUCAAAAUGAUGAACAAAACUGCCAAGCCUAAGAAAUAAAGCCCUAUCACCUGCAAUACAAUGAAAGCAACAAGUAUCUCAUGAGAAUAAUUCUGAUACUCAUUAAACAUGACAAUAAUUCUGAUAUUCUCAUAAAUUAUUUCCUUUGACUUGGUAAAAAUAUUUCUACAUUGAGGGCAGCCACAUACUUUCUUAAAAGGACUAUGAAAGCCUUGUUACAUUCAAAUCAAGAAAAAUACAUGCUUCUGGAAAGUAUAUCACCUUGCCAAAGAGCCUGGUUUUCAUGAUUGAGAGUUUGAGCUUUUAACUUUUUUUAUGGCAGUGAAAUUUGGGCACCCCAAACAACAUCUAGGGACCUUCUUUGUCUUGAAAGUGUCCAAAGACGAGCGACCAAGUAUAUCCUUCAAGACUUCAACUCAUCUUGCACCAACCGUUUAAAGAAACUUAACCUACUGCCUAUUUCAUACUGGUUCGAAAUAAAAGAUGUUACAUUUUUUUAUAAAUGCAAAGCUGGUUAUUAUGACUUAACACUUGAAGACUAUAUUCUAGACAAUUCUACUAAUCACUUUAACUCUACUGAUUCAUGCCGACCAAACCAUUGCAGAACAUCUUCUUUCCGAAACCUAUUUUUCAAUAGGAUAGUGCCACUUUGGAACCGCCUGCCAGGAGAAAUAAAAUCCUCUCUAAUCUGUAUUCAGUCACUGAAACUUAAACUCUAUAAUCACUACACUCUAAAAGUUAAUGCAUGUUUUGAUGUUAAUAGGCCAAGGACUUGGAAAACGUUUUGCUCUAAAUGUCGUUCUUGUUUUAUGUCUUGUUGUUCGUAGAAGUGCAUGUUCUGAGUUUUUGUACGAAUGUAAUUAUGUGUAAUACCGUAAAUAUGUAACUAGCUAUGUAUUUUGUUAAUUUUAUAACCGUUUAUAGUAUAGUAUAGUAUAGCAUAGUAUAUAUAGCGUAGUAUUUUCAUGUAUGGCAGGACUUAAUUUGGGACUUUAUUAGUCCUGUUGUCUGUGCCUUCAAUUUCUUAUUGUAAAACUAAUAAAAAAAACCCAAAAACUAAUGUCCCAUACACGCCAAACUUAUAUCCAUCGUUCUUUUGUGCAUAUUUUUUCUACUUUGAUGACAUAACUAUUGUUUUUUGGCAUUAUUAUGACGUGAUUAUUUGGGAAGGAUAUAAAUUUUCUUAAUUUAGUAAAAUUUGAAGAAAAUUUCGGUAAUGACUGCUGAAAAAAUCUGGUCACACUGAUUAUCAAAGUAUGGCUGUAUCAAUGCUCGAUACUGUAUAUAUUGUUUCUGUUCUUUUAGAGUUGUACAGAAGAGUUUAGUCUUUAUUGUUGGACUCUCAACUCGCCUGGCAAAUGCAGAGGUAUGGUAAAUAUACUUUAUGAUUUGAAGAUGCACAUAAGUGCUGCAGAAAUGAAAUGUUACCAAUCAAAAACAAUUUUUGUCUGAGUGUUUAUCUAGAUAUAGGGCAAGUCACAAUUAGGGUUGGGCGAUAUUAAAAUAAUCAUCUCACGAUUAUUGUCAAGGAAAUUAUCACGAUAUUCGAUAAUAUCAUAUCGCGAUAAAUGCAAUAAAAACAAUGACCAUUUUUUCAAUUUUAAUUAAUAUCAAAGCAUAGUAAGCUUAUAUAUAUAAUCUUAUUAAAAACAAGUAAAACAACAAAUUAAAGUAAUAUGAAGGCUUUUUCUAGUCUAAUAUUUACUGUUCAUAAACUACGACUGUCCAUGCAGUCUAUCUACUGUGUCCCCGUUGACAUAAAUGCUGUGGGCACACAGCACAAGCAAGGCCUGCAAUUUUUCAUUGUUCAGCGGAUUAAUACAUAAAUAUUAGCUUUUGUAUCGUAUUAAAUUCGUAUUUAAUUCAGGAAAUAGUUGUAAUUCUUUUAAAAACUAUAUUUUCUAGGAAUUGAAAUAAUUUUUUAGGAUUUUAUAAAAGCUAUAUACACAUGCGAAGCAAUAUCACGAUAGUCAUCGAGCAUGACGAUAAUUUCGAUAUAUCGUCGCUUAAGUUUCUACCUUCGAUACGAUAAUCGCGAUUGAAAAUAUCGCGAUAAAUCAAAAUAUCGAAAUAUCGCCCAACCCUAGUCACAAUGGAAUGGCUGGCGGCUAGUUAAAAACCAGCACAUGUGGUGUCGUGUUCACCACGCUUGCCUUUCAAGCUGGGAGACCUGGGUUCAAUCCUUGGUUGGACCUCUACUGAAGGUCUUAAAAUAAUUGAGGAGAAAGAGCUACCUUUACAUUGACAUCAGUAAAUGGUUGGACUUUCACGUCUUCUCGGAUAAGGAUGUUAAAUCGUAGGUACCUCGGAUCCCCUACCAAUUGCGCAAUAGCCUAUCGGGAAAUCCGCCCACCAAUGAAUGAGAAACUGAAUAAACUAAACCAAUAAAUUAAUGUCCCACAUGCCUAUAAAGGACAUACACUAUAUAUGGCCAAGCCUGAAUUAGUAUAAUCAGAACAAUUUCAUUUCAAUUAUCAAACACUACUGUGAACCAGCGAAGGAAAUUGAAUUAUUAUAUAGUUGUCACAGUAAUCUUCACAAAAUUAAGUAAUAAACAAACUUUAUAUGAACUUGUGGUUAGAGCUCGACAACUGGACUCUGUAGCUCAGUUGGUUAGAGCGCUGCACCGGAAUCGCAGGGCCGCAGCUUCAAUUCCUGCCAGUGAGCCUAGAGUUGCAUUUUUCAAAACUGCUCCUGGUUGGGUGUAAAUGAAGGUACAAAAUUUAUAGUUUAUUGUAUAUUUCCACAGCUUCUAUCUUCACAAGAAUAUUUUGGGAAGUUUGGAAAAAUUCAUAAAAUUGCAAUCAAUUCCAGCACAAAUUACGCUGGCCCACAGG